GGAAAAUUACAGUAUUCCAGAGAAUGCAGAAAAAAAGAAACAGAGUAUGAAAGAAAAAUACAGUAUUCCAGAGAAUGCUGAGAAAAAGAAACAGAGGAUCAGGAAAAAUUACAGUAUUCCGCGGAUUGCAGAAAAAAUGAAACAGAGUAUGAAAGAAAACUACAGUAUUCCAGAGAAUGCAGAAAAAAAGAAACAGGGUAUGAAAGAAAAAUACAGUAUUCCAGAGAAUGCUGAGAAAAAGAAACAGAGGAUCAGGUAAAAUUACAGUAUUCCAAAGAUUGCAGAAAAAAUGAAACAGAGUAUGAAGGAAAAUUACAGUAUUCCAGAGAAUGCAGAAAAAAAGAAACAGAGUAUGAAAGAAAAAUACAGUAUUCCAGAGAAUGCUGAGAAAAAGAAACAGAGGAUCAGGAACAAUUACAGUAUUCCAAAGAUUGCAGAAAAAAUGAAACAGAGUAUGAAAGAAAACUACAGUAUUCCAGAGAAUGCAGAAAAAAAGAAACAGGGUAUGAAAGAAAAAUACAGUAUUCCAGAGAAUGCUGAGAAAAAGAAACAGAGAACCAGGGAAAACUACAAGAUUCAGGAAAAGGCACAAAAACAAAGAGAAUGUGAAAAACAAAAAUAUCAGAUACCAGAAACAAGAAAAAGGAAGAGAAAACAAAGUUUACAAAACUAUCACACAAAGAAAGCUAAAUUACUAACUAAUGGUGAUGGAGCACUUCAGAAAUUUAGAACUUUAUGCAAAGAAUAUCCGAUUUAUCCAUGUGUUGUAUGUGGACGGAUUAUGUUUCGUUCGCAGGUUCAUAAAUUGGUCAAGAAGAAAUACAAAAAACCACAAAUAUCUACUUUACUGAACAGUCUUUCAGCAACCACUAUGGAACAUAUUUGUGUUUUAUGUGACAAGACCAUGAAAAAUGGCAAAAUUCCAGCACAGGCCUUAGCUAACAAUAUGGAUUUAAGUACUGUUAGAGCCGAAUUAAGUGAACUUAAUAAACUGGAGAGACACCUGGUAUCUCCAGUAAUUCCAUUUAUAAAAAUAGUCAAUUUGCCAAAACAUACACAAAAAGGAAUUUCAGUUCGCUCAGAUAUUACGAAAGUUACAACAACUUUGCCUAGAAACAUUUCUGAUGAAUCGUUCAUCAAGGUAAAACUGAAGCGCAAGUUGUGUUUUAAAGGCCAUCAUCUCUACCAGGAAGUACGUCCUAGUAAAAUCUUCAAAGCACUUGUUUUUUUAAAGAAAACAAACCCACACUUUGCAGAUAUAGAAAUUAAAGAUGAUAUAUUUAAAAGUGGAGAAUAUCUAGAUGAUAGUGAAAACUACUCAGCUGUAGAUAGCAGUGGUGCUGAUAAGGAGAGGGAAUCUGAACCUGGAAAUAAUGACCACAAUGAAAGCAACAUCAAUGCUGAAUGUGAUGAUCCUGACACAGAGGAAGAAGAGUCAACAGAAGAAUCUCAUGACUUUGCACCACCACUUGAUACAUCUCUUCAACCAUCAGACUUAACACAGUAUUAUGCUGAUCAAAAUCCAAACUCCAUAUUUUGUAUUGCCCCGGCAUAAGGAAACACACCAACAAAAGUCAUCCAUUCUGAAGGACACGCAUUUCCAAUUCAUUUCCCAAAUGGAAAAAAAACAUACACAGACAAACGCAAUACAAAAAUAUCAAUGAAACGGUAUUUCAACAGUAGAUUGUUUUCAAGUGACCAUAGAUUUGCUAGUGAUCCAGAAUAUAUAUUUUUUGCACAGUAUACAGCAGAACUUGAGGAAAUCUUUUCUUCUGUUUCUAUUGCAAUGCGAAAGUCAGUUGAUUUGAGCCAUUUGACCUCAUCUACCUUCUUGGAUUCUUCCAAAAUGAAAAAGAUGCUUAAAAAAGAUGAAUGUUACCGCUUUUUGCAGGCAGUUCGCGGU